AUGGUUCGUCCGGAGGACACGAUUAGGGUACCCCGUCUAUACCAUGGCAAUGAGGAGGAUACCGGAAGCAGAGGAACGCCAGAACCGAAUAUCCCCCCUCUUUCUUCCACCAACGAUGGCCAACCCAAAAGUGAAUCAGAAACGUCACAAGGCAAUGGACACAUGGGCGAAAGUGGUAAUAGGACCAGCGGCAGCGCGAGACCUCACCCAGGCCCUAAGCUGCUUUCGCAAGAGGAGACCACUGAAAUUACCCGUCGUGCAGUGGAGAAUGGGAUCCAAGAGACCAAGCGUUCGCUGGCCGGAAACGAGGCUGUCAGUGACGUUGUUAAGCCAAAACUGACGAUCGAUCUGGGCCAUUCGAAUAUUGUCCGUAUUCCCGAACCAGUGGUCGAUAUCAUCAAAGAUGAAGUUGAAAGACUCUCACUGUCGAAUAAUCAUAUCUUUCACAUCCCUUUCCGUUUCUCAGAGUGCUCCCACCUACGAUACCUUAAUAUUCGAGCAAACAAUUUUCGGGAGUUCCCAAAAGGAGUGUACAAAUUGCCACUCCUGGAAAUCCUGGACAUCAGCCGAAACAAGAUCAGCCAUUUACCGGAAGAAAUCAAGAAGUUGAACUCCCUACGCGUCUUGUCGGUGAUGCAAAAUCGUCUCGAAGAUUUACCUCUUGGACUAUCAGAAAUGAGCAAGCUCCAGAUCUUGAAAGUCGCCGGGAAUCCGUUAAAGGCCCCUUUGCGACAAGCGUUGGAGGACUCAGAGACGGUAAUCGCACCUUCGAUGUCUGAUAAUGAAAAAGAAGUUGCAGUAACUGCGGAGCUGAAACGGUUCAUGAAAACACGGCAACUGGACACCACCCUAGAGGUGGAAGGUCACGGCGAGCCAAGUGACGCAGUACUCGAGACCCCCAAGCCCGUCAAGCGUGGACUAAACAGUCGUUUCCCUGUCAUCCCGAGCACUGGUGACGGUGCCUCUGGUCCUAGGUCACCUUCACUAUCACGGCCCCCGCCAAUCCCUAUCAAGUCACAUUAUCGUAUUGCUUCUGGGCAGACUCCCUACCAAAGCGGCGUACUCCAGCGCCCGGGAAUCAAUCCUAUACCAGCCAAUGAACGCAAUCGGAGUAACAGUGAGGGAAUCAUACAAGCCUCGAUAGCUGCCCGCAGCAAACGCAUGGGCGUCGUCAAUCGGAAAAAUACGGAUUUGGGUACCUUGGAUGAGACGCGUCCAUAUCGAAACAGUCACUUCCGUGGGCUUAGUCACGGCUCUCUUCUCAAAACAAGACCGUCUGGGGCCGCGGCUGGCGGUAAUUCAUCGAGUCCAAGCAGUCCCAAGGAACGGAGACGACUGAGGGACGGUUUCGUCAAUAGAAUGUCGAGCUUGCCAGAACACAAAGGCGAAAAGGAAACGCCAGAUCCUAUCAUUGAAGGUGCCAAAGGCAUACUAUUCGCACUCUUCCAGGUCCAGUCGCACGUGUCUGCUUUGAUUAAUGUGAUCAAACGGGACGACUCUCGAAGGAACAGUCUUGAAAUCGUCUUCUACAACGCGUCUACUCAUGUGGACCGACUCAACGAGGCUCUUGAAGGCGUGGAAAACCCAGAGGAUACGGACGUGGCGAAACUGUCCAAUGAGACGGUUAGGCGCGAGUGCGAAACUUGCAUAAUGGCCUACACGCACGUUGCUAUGCAGCUGCGCAAUAGCCUAGACAAGAUUAUCGCCAACGGAGACGCGCGUUAUGUUCGUUCCUUGAUGCUUAUGGUGUACGGGGGUGUGUGCGAACUACGAAAUGCCUGCAUGGGCUUAGGAGUGCCCCUAGGAACUCGCAAGCGAGUAUCAUCGAUCAAACCACCUAUACCAGAAAUCAACAAAGAGAGUGCCAGUGUCACCUCAGACCGCUUCCCUGGACCAACAAUGAUAUCAACAAGGGAUCGAGCUCCGUCAGUGCGCCGAUUCCGCAGCGACACUACUAUCCAGCGUCCUCAGUUUGCAAAUGGACCAAUACCAGGGCCAGGCAAUUUCCAGUCUACGGUCAGCUCACCAGGCUUUGCUCCCCCUUCAUUUAGCUUCGGAUCGCGCAGCCGGUCGAGUAGCAGAUCCAACCUUAUUAAUACAUCAGUACCCUCGUCCCUUGCGACACCACGCUCGGGCGAAUCGUUCCCACCGAUUCCUAGCUCAGUCGUGCCGCGGAUAAACCCAAUGACGGGACUAGAUGAAAUUGAGGAAGAACGGAUAUUCGAGAAGAUUUUCCACCAGCUCACCGCAGCAUACACUGCCUCUCUUCAAGCAUUACCCUUGGCCCGUCGUCAGUUUAUGAGAUGCCUAGAGGUUGCAGAGCAUGCACGAGAGCCCCAGGGAAUACAGAUGUUAUGGAACAACCUCAUUCGUCGAUGCCGCGUGUGCUUAGAAGUUUCAGAAGCGCUUGGCCUACGCCUUUCGAACAUGAAGGUCAAAGAGCCAGGCGGUGGAAUGCGCAACCAGCGCGAAUUCUGGCAGCUGUGCAAGACAUUCAUGCAUUCAUUCGUCGAUCUUGUAACCGACAUGCGCGAGAUCAGAAGCAUGCAACUCCUCCCUCCCGACAUCGUCAUAAUCCUCCGCCCAGUUCAACGCGCAAGCAGGGAAGCCGGCCGAUUGAUAGAGGCAUCCCCUUGGUCGUAUCUCGCAGAUAUGGCCGCGAACAACGGACCGGGGAAUAUCUACGGACCACCAUUGCAAGGACAGCAUCAAGGGUCCGUUUCUAACCCAAGUGGUUUUGGAAUGGGCUCGCCUCCGUCUCUUCCCCUCCCGGCGACUCCAUUGAGUGCGGCGCUUGGUCCUGCUGCGCAAGCCACUGUGCCUUCUACACCGGCCAGUGCGUAUAGUGAUAAAUUCUUCGAGGGAGACGUGUUUCAGCGAGCCGACUCGUUGCUUUCUAUGCCAAACCAGGCACCGUUCUUCCGUCGGUGA